AGCAAAGGCAGCUAAAGGAUGUGCGCUCAUUCAGUUCGGUUGAGUUCUGUGCAAACGUUCGCGGUGAUUCUACCAAGCGAAGCCAACGCUACCUGGGGCACUGGCUAUUGUGAUAGCAGAGCUACUGUGAAAGUUUUAGAUAUAGGUAAAAGGACAUCAAAAUGUGGAAUGCGAAUCAGCUCCCUACACAGCCGCGACAAUUUUAUUUGGGGCUCUUAUUGAUUACGAUUUGCGCGGUGCUGUCCGAGGAUGUAUGUGCAGUGCCCACCGAUCAAUCGUAUGUUGAAAACACGCAUGGGCAAGACGGCGGAGGUAUGCAAGCAUUGCAAAAAAGGCCCGCCUUCUUUGUGGGAAGUCGCUACGGGCGGUCCAGCGGCAACGCUGUCACCGGCGGUGGGGCAACUAGUGUUGGUAGCUCGAAAACACGACGUCUCAUAAUUGUACCACGAAACGAUCGUUUUUUUCUUGGCUCUCGAUAUGGAAAACGGAACGGCGAGUAUUUGUCCCCCUACGAGCAAAACAGCCUAAGCCUGGCCCUCAGCAAAGACUCGUCACAGGAUGUGGAGCAACAGACAUUAAACACCAACAGCAGGUUACGGCCAUCCCUUAUGUCGUGCGUCUACACAGGCAUCAGCAAUUACUAUCGUUGUAAAGGCAGUGACCAUCACUCUGCAGUUGAUGAAAGUCUCGAUUCCACAAGCAUGGCAGAAAGUGAUGGUGAUACAAACAACGUCAUCAACUGAGGAAGGAAAUCAUAAAGAACAAAGAAAAAGAAAAAUGCUGGCGAUUCAUUGACAAACAUUCAGAGCUUGUAGUGGCACAUGCUUCUAUGACAUUUAAUACGAUUCUUGCUAUCCAAUUGCUUUUCUGCGAUUUACUAAACCUACAAGCAAAAAGGUAUUAAAACUUUUCAAAGGGGCUGGAAAAAGUUUUAAUAUUUAACAAAUUGAUAGAUACCCAAUGUCGAUGUGCCAUUAAAUUAUGGGCAGCUACAUUAUUUAGUAUUUACCGAAUUAAAAUAUUUUAAUAUGUUGAAAUCCGAAUUAGGGCGCGCACACGCUCACUGUAAAAAUAGACAUAUAGUACAUAUAUACAUAAUACGUUUUAUUUAUGAAAAGGUACAGUACAUGCAACAAACAUUUAUAAUAAUAUUCAAUAAAUGCAGUUGAAAAAACCAGA